AUGCCACGCAGACUCAGCAGAAGCUCGCUCCUUUUCCCCUCUCUCGUUGGAUUUAGGCUUGUAAACUCCCUUCUUCUGAAGACACACUUUGAGCCGGAUGAAUACUUCCAGUCCGUGGAGGUGGCUAUGGCGGUGAUUCUUGGGAAAAAAGUCUUCACGUGGGAGUGGUUCUUUGGAGUUCGCUCUUUUGUUUUUGUCUCUGUUUUUCUUCUUCCUUUGAAGGGGUUCCACCUUCUCUCGGAGUGGGCGGAGAGGUUUCUGCGCAUAUACUCUGCAGAACCUUCGCGCACGGAGGGACUUCUCUUCAUGGCGGGAGCUCCUUACGUCGUAAAAGCAGUUACGGCAGUUAUUGCAGCCGUUGGAGACUACAGCACCGUAGAAGCGUAUAAACUUCUCUUCAAAAUAGGCCCGCAGGAGGUCCCAAGAGAAGCUGUUCUAGCGACAACUCUUAACCUCGGGCUGUGGCUUUACUCCACGAGGUCCCACGUCAACUCCUUCGAGUGCGCGGUGACUGUCCACAUCCUCCACCGCCUUUUGAAGUCCGCCCAGGUCCGGGAUAAGGCCGAGAAAAGAACUUUCCACUUCGUGACGGUCCUUAUGACCGCAGUAAUGGCGUACAUCCGGCCAACUUCCGUCGUAAACUCCGCGUGCGCCUGGGGGUACGCUCUUUCCCAGGAAAUUUCCUCUUUCAACAGGGCGUGGAUGACGAAGGAAAAAAUUUCAGAAAAAAAUAACGGAAAUUUUUUCAGGUACUUUUUCAGGUACUUGGCAGUUUAUGUGAGGCACAGCAGAAUCAUCAGCCUGUAUAACCUGGCUUCUGCAGGAAUUGCACUUUUCUCCUGCAUACUCAUCGACUCCGCCUUCUACAGGGAGCCCGUUUGCUCGCUCUUCGAGUUUUACCGCGUGAAUAUGAUGCACAAGGUCUCGCACUUCUUCGGAGUUCUGCCCUUUGUCUUUGCCCCGAUGUUUCUCUGCGUCCUCCUGGGGGCGUAUGCAGCGAUGCUUUUGGCGUGUGAAAUUCGCUGGAGCUCCGUGGAGUUCGUGAGUCCGGCCCUGUACUUGGCAGUCCACGGGAUAAUUGCGCAUAAGGAAAUGCGGUUUUUACUGCCGAUUCUUCCGUGCCUGAACAUUAUCGUCGCAAGAAACCUGAAAAGUGCGUUUUCCGCAGGGGAUUCUCCGAAGAAAGCAGCAGAGAAGACCUUUUGGAGGACAGCAUCUCGCUCUCUUAAGGGCCUUCUCUUCUCCAAGUACGUUUUCAUAGGGAAUCUCGCCGUGGGAAUACUCGUGGGGAUAGACCAUCAGAACAUAAGCAGACCCCUGGAAUAUCUUAGGAGAGACUGCACAGCCCGACUGAAGGCAAGGAAUGAGCCCGUCUUCAUACUCUCUGCGUUCAACCCGUAUAUGCUCCCAAUGAAUACGUACCUUGGGCACAGGCGGAUUGUGACGCGGACUGUAGAUAAUAACCCGAACAUCCUCGAACUUGCGAAGGGCCUGGAGAAGAAGAGGAGAUUCCAGGGGAAGGAGUACAGGCUGCGCCUUCUAGAGUACGACACCAUCCAGGAGAACCUCGUAGAGAAUAUCAUGCUGUUUGGGCCGCUGGACUACCACUACAUCGUCCUGGACAGCAGAUACGGGACAGAGCUUGAGCAGAGACUGCCUGAGUUCAUAAAAGUGCACGAGUCCGUGCACAAGAGAGUGCCAGAGCAUCAGAGCGUCUCCGUGUACAAGCAGGCAUUCAAAUAA